AUGCUCACCCAUUCUCGACACAGCUUUACCCAGCAUCUCUCUCAAUCGCGAGCCCCCGUCGUCCGACCGCCGAACCCCGUCCUCGACCUCGACUUCGACCUGGACCUGGACUUGGACUUGGACUUGGACUUCGACUUGGAUCUGGCCUCGCUCUGCUCCUCUUCCUCCCUCACUCUCCCUCUCCCUCUCUCGCUGUCGAACCGCCACCCCUCGCAGACCCGACCUGACCAUUUCACCCCCUCCUCCCCCACCGCGCCAUCCCUCUCUAUGACAUCGACGUUUGUUUCCUGGUAG